UGGAGCGAGACGCAACACUUGUACGGCCGCCGAUGGAGGAGAUGCGCGCCGCUCAUGCUGCUCCUCCCUCACUAGUCAACCAAAGUUUUCAAUUCUUGUUAUGCCAGCAGUGGAUUGAGUCAUGAACCAUGCAGUAUUAUAACACCCAACCAGACUUUUCCCCACUAAACUUGUGACUUGGAGUGUAGUAAAUGUGUGUGUGUGUGUGUACCGGGUGACAGAGCUCCUAAGUCAGUUUGGGCUCCUUAGCUGUGGCGUCAGCCCUCGCCAAGGCAAGUUAUAUUUGGACUUGGUCGAUCACUGCCGCUGGUUAAGGUCAGAAAAGAGCAGCAGCGUGGCGAGGAUGAGCAGCAAGGUCCAGCCGAGCGAGGCCACUAGCCUGGCUCCCACCGCCAAGGUCAAGAGCACAGUGGGGCCCGACACAAAGUUCUUAGUCAACGGUAAAGGCAAACAGCUCCACUGCUGCCGCUGGGCGCCCAACACGGCUACUGACAUCAGAGGCUUGGUGUUCAUCUGUCACGGCUUCGGGGAGCACCUUCAGUGGUACGAGGACCUGGCCCUGCGCCUCACAGCCACAGGACUCCUCGCCUUCGGCCACGACCAUGUGGGACACGGGAGAUCGGAGGGUGUACGUGGCUACAUCGAAACUGUGGAUGACUACGUGGACGAUGUUCUCCACCACUGUGAUGACAUGCGCCUGCAGUACCCAGGGCUACCCUGCUUCAUUGUUGGCCACUCUAUGGGUGGAAUGAUUGCCAUUAAGUGUGGAAUGGCACGGCCUGAAUACUUCGCUGGGGUGGUACUCAUGGGUCCUCUCAUCAAAGCCAACUCUGCUGAGGCCACUGCACCAAAGAUCUUCCUAGCUAGAAUGGUCGCUCGAAUUCUACCUUAUAUUGCCGUUGCUAAAUUGAAGUUGGACCAUGUUACCCGAGAUGAAGAAAUGAAGACUAGAAUGAAAAAGGAUCCUCUCAGAUACCAAGGUGGAAUCCGAGCACGGUGGGCAAUCGCAGGGAUCGACACACUCUUGUAUUUUGAGCAUCACAUGCCUGAGGUAGAGUGGCCUUUCCUCAUCCUACAUGGAGAGAAGGAUCUGCUGUGCUCACCUGAAGGAUCUCACAUGCUCCAUAAUCAAGCAAAGAGCACUGACAAGACUAUAAAGAUGUUCCCUUCUGCAUACCAUCAUCUAUAUCUAGAGCUUCCAGAGGUACGACAUGAAGCACUUCAAGACACUGUUGACUGGAUUACUGCUCGAGUCUCUCCAUCUAAAAAAUAAGAUAUUUCAGCAAGGAUACAAAUAAAUACAAAUUAUACAUAGUUUGGUGUAGCUGUAUAGUACUCGGUUAAUACCUACAGGAUCAUGAACUGUACACUAUACUGUACUGUAUGUGUAUAUUUAAAUCGUUUACGAUUAUUUCUUAAGUAGAUAUAUUGUGCAAGCCCUUACUUAAUGCUAACAAUUCAGUAUAGCAAUAUAUCAGUGGCUGAUACUAAAUUGAAUUGAGAGAAGAGUGAGGUCCAAUAUCUUGAAAAGUCAAAUGACAUGUUUCCAAAUACUUGUACAGUACAGUACAUGGAUUCCCUGUUAUACGGCUAUUUACUUUAUGAACACUCAUCUUCUAAACGGCCUCUCAAGUCUCCAUUCUUCUUUUUGCACCAAUCUGCUAUGCAACCCUCUCAGCUGUCCCCAGUAUUAUGAGCAGUGCUGCUAAAAUGUUCACACAGCCACAUGGUGGCCUAGGGUGGUACAAAAAUGUUCACACAGCCACAUGGUGGCCUAGGGUGGUACAAAAAUGUCCACACAGCCACAUGGUGGCAUAGAGUAGUACAAAAGUGUCCGCCCAGCCCACUAACGGUGACCCAUGCCACCUCAGUAUUAUUCUUGUGCUCAGGACUUAACACUGUACAUUCUGUAGACUUUCAGUUGUUUAUUGAAUAAAAGUUGGAGGCAGAAAAGCUUGCAGAUGAAGCAGUUCCAGAGGCUGUGGCAGAGACUUCCCAAGCAAAAUAAUUCACAGUAAAGAAAAUGGCAAAGGCAUUUUAGCUGAUGGAUGGUUGCUUUGCAAUGUUUUUAGAACAAAACAACAAUGCUUAGAGACAUCUAAGCACCUCAAAAAUUAUAUUAAAUGACCUUGCACCCUCAAGCCAAUUUUAAUUGGAAAGAAGAUAGUUGUAUAAACUAACUUUAGAAUAUAUUUCCCCAAAAAGUCUCUAGCUCAGCAAUCACCUCCCAAAAUGUAAUUUUCAUCAGCCUUAACGAACAAGAAAAAGAUUGGCCCAAAACCUUUGAGUAACAGCAACGAGUGACACUGAUGAUGAUCCACCCCGUUAGGAAAGACCUGGGUAAAUACUGGUUUGGUAACAGGGGGUGUUAAUUUGUGGAACCAAUUACCGCAUAACAUAAUAGAAGUAGAAUCUCUCAAUUGUUUGAAGCGAGGUUAGACAUGUAUAUGAAUGAGAUUGAGUGGAUAUAAAUAGGAGCUGCCUAUUAUGGGCCAAUUGGCUUUCUGCAGUUACCUUCAUUUUUAUGUUUGCCACCCAUGCAUCAUCUCCCACAUGAACCAGUGGUUGAAUCACUGCCAGUGACAUUGAAGGUGACAAGCCAGUCAUGGCCACCCAUUCAUCAUCAUUACCUACUUGUGUUUCUAGUGAUUACAUCUCUUUACUCUUCAAAAACAGCCAACUUUGACAAGCAGGAUAAUACCAUCAUUUAAAAUAAAUAAUGUGCAGUGUUUCUUAUAUUAUUUAUCACAAAAAUAUUGGUUUUGUAAUAAUUUUUCAUAGUCCAGGAAUGCAUCCCACAUGUAUAGCAUUUCACCUAUGGGAAAUCUUGUUCGGCAUUUUGAACUGCUUUACAAACUGCUUUUCAGAACAUGACCCAUUUGAACGGGAGACUCCCUGUUUGGUAACAUACUAAUAGCCUAAAUUUUUGGUCAAUGAAAAUUAUGCAAUCUUAUUAUAUAUGCACUAACUUGAAUUGUCUUAUUCUAUUUAAUUCUUAUAGGCAUUUGCAGAUACUGUACUGUAGUUAAUUUGUUGUGAAAUAAUGCUGAACUUGAUGUAUGAUAAAUAGUACCAGCCUGUGAUAAGUAUUGAAAUUAAAUACUGUACAGUACAUUUCUAACAUGUAACAAAAAGGGAAAAGGCAAGUUGAUAUGCCAAUAUUUCUACAAAGAUUUAAUAAUUUUAAAGUGAUCUUAGUU